AUGGCUACUGUCAAUUACAGUCGCACACGUUUCGCCGCCUCGCCGGGGUCUGUGGACACUUUUGCCGCCUGUCGCCUCAUCGAAGAUAAUACCACCGUAAUAUCGAGCAGGAAAAUAUCUCAACGUAAUAACAGCACGUUUUUGCUGAAAGAAAAAUAUGAUUCCUUAAUAAGUGAAGUGAAACGUAUUAAAACAGGAAAAAAAGAAUCGCCACGUGAUUAUUGGUUAGUACAACGGUAUGAUGUGAUAGAAGUGCAGGGUAAUGAAAAACUUAUACGUCCAAUGAAAGAAAAUUCUGAUAUUAUAUUUUACGUCCACGACGAAGAAUUAUAUGAUAUUUUACUUAACAUUCACCUAUCUAUUGGACAUGGUGGUAGAGACAGAAUGAUUGAAAAAAAAGGUAUCGUGACAAAUCCUAUGAUUUUUUCUGAAUUAAAUAGUAGAUGUCAAUUAGAUCUUAUUGAUUAUCAAAGUCAAGCUGAUGGUGAAUAUAAAUUUGUGUUGGUGUAUCAAGAUCAUUUGACUAAAUUUUGUAUUUUAAAACCAUUAAAAUCGAAAAGAGCUGAAGAAGUAGCAUAUUGUCUCAUAGAUAUUUUUACGGUGUUCGGUGCUCCAAGUGUACUACAAAGUGACAACGGUCGUGAAUUCAGAAACCAAACAAUAGAUUCAUUAAAAGAAAUGUGGCCUGAAUUAUCUAUUAUUCAUGGCAAACCUCGCCACAGUCAGUCCCAAGGAUCAGUGGAGAGGGCAAAUCAAGAUAUAGAGAAUAUGAUAAUUACCUGGAUGAAGGACAACAACACAACAAAAUGGAGUGAAGGGCUAAGGUUUAUUCAAUUUAUGAAAAAUAAAGCUUUUCAUAGGGGGAUAGGACGAAGUCCUUAUGAAGCUAUGUUCGGAUGUUCCCCAAAAGUAGGAAUUUCUUCAAAUACUCCAGACAAUAUUUUGAAAGUUUUGAAUACAGACAAAAGUUUAAAUAAUAAAAUUAACAAAGAUUUAGAGAAAAAUAACUGUAAAAUAUGCAAACAUAUAUUUAUGGAAAAUGAAGGGAAUACCGAGGAAGAAUUGUGUCAACUUUGCAUAAAUAAAGAAAAUAUUUCCAAUAAAAGAGAAGAAGCAAAAGAAUGCUUAGAACGUCAAGCUAAAAGAAUGAAACUACAAUCAGAUAUGUCUCAUCCACCUGCUCUUCAAGGAUGUAACGUACGAGUCAAAAUUCCAGAUGUUGACAGGUCAAAAUGUGAUCCACAAUCUAUAAUUGCUAUUGUAUUAGAAAAAACAACCGACGGAUUUUAUCGCUUAGGAACUAAAUACGGUACACUAAAACAACUUUACGCGAGGUCACAAUUUAGUUUAUGCAUAGAAAAGUUUAUUACGCUUAGUGACGUUCCAGAUGGAGAUAUUUGCCUUCGAAAAGCAUCCGAAUCCCAAUCACUUGGUAAUGGACAAGGGUUUUUUAAAUGUACAUGCCAACAAAAGUGCACCACAAAACGGUGCAUAUGUUUAAAAAAUAAUUUACUUUGUAAUUCUAAAUGCCACCCAAAAAGUUCCUGUACUAAUAAAUAAAUUGUAAAUUUAAAAAAAAAAUUAAUAUUAAUAUUUUAUAUAAUAAUGUAAUGUGUGUUUGACUUAUACUAUAAUAUUUGAGUUUUUAAUUUGUAAAUUGAUUAAGAUUUUAAUAAUUAUUCUAAUAAAUUUAUAUUAAUAUUUUAUAUAAUAUUGUAAGGCUUGUUUGACUUAAUACUAUAACAUUUGAUUUUGUUUGUAAUUUGUAAUUUGAUUAAAACUUUUAUUCAAUAAUAGUUUUAAAUACAUUAACUAAACCAUUAUUGUUAGUUUAUAAAAUAUCUAGUUGGUAUGUAGAAUAACUAGUUGAAGUAUAUAUUUAUGGAUUCAUUCAAUACAUUAACUGAAAGUACCCGUAAUUUUAUAAAAUAACUAGUUAUUC